GGAAAUUACGUCACUUCAUCCGGAAGCUGCGCUCUAAGCACGUGUGUGAUCCUGGGCAGAUAUGGCAGCUGAAGUAGCAGCGGAGCAGAGCGGACCUGCAGGUUCUGGAGAUUCAGAUUAUGCAGACGAUAGUUUUUCUUCAGAUGGAGGAGACGAGUCAGACACAUCCGACCAUGAAGCCACCGAUCAAGCCGAGUCCCGUGACCCAAACGAAGGCUGGGCAGAUGCCAUGGCUAAAAUCCUCAACAAGAAAACGCCCUCUGACAAGGCCAGCAUCAUCCUGGUGAAAAGCAAAACGCUGCAAAAGGAGAAGGAAAAAGACAAACGGGAGCGGCUGGAGAAAAAGAAGCAGAUUGAUAAAAAACGACAGUGGGAGAUGAUGUGCAGAGUCAAGCCAGAUGUGGUGAAAGACAGAGAAGCGGAGAGGAAUCUGCAGAGAAUUGCUACAAGAGGUGUCGUACAGCUAUUCAACGCCGUAAGAACCCAUCAGAGCAAAAUGAGUGAUAAGAUAAAAGAGGUCGGACACUCCGAAAGGAAGAAGAGCAAACUCAUGCAAUCUGUAUCCAAGAAAGACUUUAUCGACGUCCUGAGAGGGAAGGAGAGCAAGGGCGCGGCUGCAGAGCGACAGGGGACGAAAAAGGCUGCCGCAAAAACACAAAACUCCUCCGAAUGGAACAUCCUCCGUGACGACUUCAUGAUGGGAGCCUCUAUGAAGGACUGGGAUAAGGACAGCGACGACGGAGGAGUAAACGCCAAAUCGAAACCCGGGGUCAAACGGGAAGAUAGUGAAAGUGAUUCCGACAGAUAACACGGCGGGCGGAAAGAGAGCUAAAGAUAAAAAAAAAAACCUUAUCUCUCAGUAUCCGAGCUGGAUAAACUCUUCAUUCUAUGAAUGCGUUACAUUUUUGACAUUACACAAAUGCCUUGUUUAAAAAAAAUAAAAAGUAUGCGCAGAGUUCAGAAAAGAAAGAAAA